AUGCGCUCUGCUUGGCAAAGCAGAUCCCCACUGUUCGUGCCAAAUGAGAGCAGUUCAGAAAUGUCAGGAGAGCACAUGCAGCUUUCAGAUUCAGGGAUAAGCACCGAGCCACUGCUUCAGUGUACCAAGAGCCCCACAAAAAAACUUUCCAGACAAGACGCUCAAGAAGAGGACAGAAAAGAAAACAAAGAUAACAGCCAAUUAAAAGAAAGGAGCUUUCCUGGAACUUUUUCUGCUGUCAAAGAACAAAGAGAACAAGCAAAGGAGGAGAUUCCUCCACCUCCCUUUGGCAUAGAGGGGAAGAUGAAGGCUGGAAACAUAGAAGACAGGCCAAUCACACCAGCAAUUGGUAUUAGACGGAAGCCUUCUGAAGAAUUUGUUGAAGAACAGAUAAAGGUAGACAAUCAUCUCACAGCAGAACUGCAGAAGGAGCAGCAGAGCAAGGCAAAUGUAACACCUCGGAAGGCUUUUCUGAAAAGAAAAGAAGGUAUGGCAAGGCUAAAAAAAAAUAAACAGAAGCCUUUAAAAGAAGACAGCAAGCAUUCCAGAAGAGCUGGUUUGAACUGCUGGGGUCAUUUCUUCCAGCCUGGCCAAGUGGAUGCCGGCAUACCACAGCCAGGGGAAUGCUCGCAGUUAAAUCUGCAGGUCAGUAGCGCCACGCAGAUGGGUACACAGGAAAAAAAAGCAGAUGGUGCUCUAGCUGAGUGGGACAUAAAGGCUCAGACUGACUGUGAAGCAAAAGUAGCUGAGCAAAGGCCAGAAGAAAAAGAAGUGAUUGGGAGAGAUGAAGACGCAAAGGAAAAUCCUGUUGACUCACCACAGAGAACGUGGCCUGAAAUCCUGCAACCAUGUCUUGAGACAAUAACAGAAAUGAACCUACAAGUAGGCGAGGAAAGGGAAACUCAUUGUAUGGAUACUCUAGGGCAAGCAGGCAGAAGUGACGGAAGACCUGUGGAGGGUACACUGCAAAAGGACCUAGGUAGGGUAGAUCAGCCUCUGGAGGGUCAUCUCACAGAGGGAGCAAAAACCCCCUUGGAAGUCCUGCAAAAGCAUUCUCUACUUCAGGAUACAGAAACAGGUUGCACUGAGGAGGCAGAGUGCAGUGCAGGCCCUGCAUGCACGCAGGGCCAGAAGUGGGUUCAGGUAUGCCCACUGGAACUUGUUUCGGGUAGCCAGAGCUCAGAAAAUAAAAAACAGAUCCAUACUGGGUUUAAGAUGGUCAAUGAUAAGAUAGUAAAAAUUACACAUAGUUCACCUGAGGCUGUGGAGAAGGGAAGCUCAUCCUCAGCCUUGCAGCAGGAGCGGCAAAGGAAGGGGACAGCUGCCUUGACAUGGCAUGUUGCAUCUUUAUCCUGUGAGUCAAGUUGCUCAUCCUCCAACAGUGAUGAUGACCCCAAAUCUCACCAUGCUCAGUAUCCCUCCCAGCAUAGGCCUCAGGCAGUAGAUCAUAUGGACGGACAUUUGGAUCUCUCUGACGGUGAUUAUGCUAGUGAUGAGCCCAGUGGAACUGAAAAAAUGUCUGUUAAAAAGUACAGCAGAUCACCCCCAAUGAAACAAAACAUUCAAACAAGCUCAAGACAACAAAAUCUCUCCUGCAGCACAAGCAGCAGUGAUUCCAGUACUGGGGUUGUCGGGCUGAAAGGGAGCAAGGCUCGCUCUUCUCUUCAGCAGUCCCUAUUCCAUCUCACAAGAUCAAAAAGGAGAGAGCAUGAGCCUGAAUCAAAGAAUGAGAAUAGGGCCAGGGGUGCUAAAAGUCUAGAUGUGCCAUCCUCAACAGUGGCUGGUGAGAUUCCUGCUUUCAGGAUUAAAGAAAUCCCUGCAGUGGAGGAACCACAGAAAAAACUGUUUACUGACACAUUAGAUGUGUCUAUAGAAGAAACCCAGAACAUCCUUACCAGAGGAUUAGAGAUUGGUGUAUAUCACGGAAGAACCCCUUCACUGACUACGGUGAAAGAACAAGAGAAAGCAGUGCAUUUUUGCAGAACACAAAUGGACCAGCUCAAGACUGCCAGGAGCCCGGAGUUGACUCACCCUUUGGAAUACAGUAGACACCAAAUUCAUCCACUGCAGAAGGAGAAUAUUGCCUAUAGCAAGGUCAAAGGAACAGCUAGCAUCACCAAAGAAAAUGUGAAAUCAGAAGAAAUACAAAUAUUAAAACAGCAGAUUGUGGGACUGCAGGAGGAGUUCAAGAGAAAUGAGUCCUGCUGGCAUGCUGCCUACGGCAAGCUGAGAGAGCAGGUUGAGAUGCUGACCAGGCAGAACAUGAAGCUUCGAGAUGAGCUCAGAGUUUCUGAACAUCAGAGAUGGAAAGCUGAAAAAAACUCAGAAGCUGUGAAUUUCAUGAACAGAAAACCGGAGACCCCGGUUGCAGAAGCAAUUCUGCGAGAGGCAGCAUCUUCAUCCAAACAAGAAGAAAGAUCAUGGGCAGAUAAUCACAGGAGCUGCAGCGUCUCUCAUUUGGGGCCAAAGACGUCUUUGCAGAAACACUCCUUUAGAGAUGUGGAUAGCAAAGCAAUAAAAAGCUCUGUGCAAAGCUUUUUGAGAUCAGUGACAAAGGAACAUCACAAAAACAAACCAUCCAACUGCUCCCUUGGCAGAAGCACAACACCGACUGGCAGAAGAACACCUCAUCAGGGAAGACUGAUGCCUUUUGAACCAGAAAAAGUUGUAUGUCAACCCUCUCCUAGUGGGAGAAGAACAGAUGAUCGGAAAUCACCUGGACCUGUCUCGCAUCUGAGUGGUUUUAAGGACCCUAACUCAUCUUCCUAUGUAAAAGGUGGGUCUUUGCCCAUUUCAGAUAGCUCGGAAGACAUGCCCCUCUCACACAACCACAGCAACAACACUUGCAGCUUUGCACUCUGCAGGAACAAUGAAGAAACAGAGGAAGAAGAGACUCUUAAUCUUAAAAAGACAGCAAAAUCACUAAAACCUCAGAAUAAAGUGGCUUUUGUGACCACAAACAGGAGAGGUGGCAUAACUACAUAUGACAACAAAGUACCUACAGACAGUGCUCCUACUUUUCUGGAUGCUGAAGCAAAGGCUCCAAAAUCAAUAUUAUCUAGAAGAUCAGUGUUACAUCAAGAAAGAAGAAAAAGUGAGGAAGAGGUGCAGGAAAAAAUAAAGUAUCGUGAUGGAAAGGUAGAAGAGGUGCUUACUGAUGGACGUCGAAUCAUCACUUUCCGCAACGGUACUAAAAAAGAGAUCAGUGCUGAUAAAAGGAUGACUACGAUUAGCUUUUUCAAUGGAGAUGUAAAGAAGAUCAUGCCAGAUCAGAGAGUGAUUUAUUAUUAUGCAGAUGCACAGACAACCCACACUGCUUAUCCAGAUGGCCUGGAGGUGCUGCAGUUCCCUAAUAAUCAGAUAGAAAAACAUUAUCCUGAUGGCACACAAGAAAUUGUGUUCCCAGAUCACACAGUGAAAUGCCUCUAUAGUGAUGGAUUCAAGGAAACUUUUUUCCCAGAUGGUACAGUAGUAAAAGUAGAAAAGAAUGGAGAUAAAAUAGUGGUAUUCAGUAAUGGCCAAAAGGAGGUUCACACUGCGCAAUUCAAGAGGCGGGAGUACCCAGAUGGCACUGUAAAAACUGUGUACUGCAAUGGCAGACAAGAAACCAAGUACUCCACAGGACGAGUGCGAAUCAAAGAUGAGGAGGGUAAUAUCAUCCUAGACAAGAAGUGA